CUUUAUUUUGAUAUUGAUAUUGAUGUCAUUUUAGAGAUUUCUUGUCUAUGCUGCUCAGUGGGGACUUUUACUACUCUAAUAUUCCUGCAGGAACUUAUUGUGUCAGUCAACAGGAGAGUCUGGAAAAUAAAGCCCUUUUGGUCAGGCAUCAAGCUCUGAAGUGGACCGGCGCUGAAAUGUUGGAGCGGCCCCAGAUCCCCACGGCUACGCACACAGCACAUCAGCUCAUCUCAUGUUGCUUAGUUUAUCUCAGCCCGAUUUAUAGGACUUGAUUCCGCGACGAAAUGCCACCCAAAGAGCCACAGCUGACUGGACUACAAGCUCUGGACUGCAGCUAAAUGAGAUUCUAGGAUGGAAAUGUUGCAGAGGGGAAACCUGAGGAGAGGAAUGGGGCUCUGCCUUUUGGUGUUGGCUCUCGUAUACGAGGCCACAGCCCAGAGGAGAAAGACUGGACGCAGGAACAACUACAGGCUGCAUGACGAUGGAGGAAAUGGUCUGGCAUGUUCACUGGAGGUUGCUUUCAUCCUGGACAGCUCGGAGAGUGCAAAACUAUUCCUGUUUGAGAAGCAGAAGGCCUUCGUGUUGAGCUUCAGCACCCGCCUCUCUAUGCUGCAGGUAGCAGGCUGGACGCUGAAGGUGCGAAUGGCUGCCCUUCAGUACAGCAGCUCCGUGUCUGUAGAGCACCGAUUCUCAGCCUGGAAAGACCUGGAUUCAUUUCACGGUCAAGUCAGCACCAUGAACUAUAUCGGUCAUGGCACCUACACCACCUACGCAAUCACCAACGCCUCGCAGCUGCUGGUGCAGGAGACGCCGGUGGACAGCGUCAGGGUUGCGGUGCUGAUGACUGACGGGGUUGACCAUCCCCGCAACCCUGAUGUGAUUUCAGCUGCAGCAGAGGCCAAAGGUCAUGGCAUAAAGUUCUUCGCUGUAGGUUUGUCAGACAUUGGCCAGGAGAGUCAGAAUAACGCCAAGCUCCGGGCCAUCGCCAGCACACCUGCUCAGCAGUUUGUCCAAAGUCUUCUUAAUCCUCAGCUGGAGGAGAAGUUGCUCCAAGAGAUGAGUGCAGUCGCAUUUGAAGGGUGUCCACAGGCUCAAGUGUGUUUGUGUGAAAGAGGAGAAAGGGGCCCUGCAGGAAGUCCAGGUAGAAAAGGGGACACAGGCUUCAGAGGGCCACCUGGUCUAAAAGGAGCGAGGGGUGAGGCUGGCUUGAACGGUCAACCUGGAAAUGACGGUCCAGAGGGCCGUCCGGGUUACAAGGGCAACAAGGGGGAGAGAGGAGACUGUGGCACUCCUGGGGAAAAGGGUGACACUGGACCUGAGGGACCUGCAGGCCAGCAAGGACUGAAAGGAGAACAGGGUGCGAUAGGACCACCAGGAGACAUGGGUCCUGAGGGCCCAGCAGGACCUAAAGGGGACAGAGGGGCCAGUGGUGCUUCUGGACCACCAGGGGACAUUGGUAUCGGAUUUCCAGGAGCCAAGGGUGAAAAAGGCCUUCAGGGAAGACAAGGCCCCACAGGUCCUGUCGGGAUAGGAGAACCAGGACUACCAGGUUCCCCAGGACCACCCGGCGCACAAGGAAACCCCGGACCACCUGGAGAGGGGCUUCCAGGGCCGAAGGGUGAUCGAGGAUACGAGGGUCCCAGGGGCAGUCGUGGACUUGCUGGUGUUGGGUUCAAAGGUGACAAGGGCAGUCAAGGGCCGCCUGGGAUUUCAGGUCCAGUUGGUGCUCCUGGUGCAGGACUUCAAGGAGAAAAGGGGGAUCAAGGCCCAGUCGGACCUACAGGCCCCAGAGGAGCUCCAGGUAUUGGAAUAGCAGGACCAAAGGGGAAUCAGGGACUCCCAGGUGAAGCUGGACUGCCAGGUGCGAGAGGUGUGGGAGAACCCGGACCCAAAGGUGACCCGGGGUCUGAGGGGUUAACAGGUAUACCAGGUCAGCCAGGAGAGGAUGGAGCCCCGGGACAAAAGGGUGACAUUGGGUUACCGGGGCCCAGGGGACCUGACGGUGCUCCUGGUAAAGGCGCACCUGGAGAGAGGGGAGUCAAAGGGGACCGGGGGACCAGAGGCCAGCCAGGUGCAGUCGGUCCUGUGGGGCCAGUGGGGUCAAAGGGGGAACCAGGAAAUAUGGGGCCACCAGGGGCAACUGGACCACCAGGGAGGGGAAUGCCUGGUGCCAAGGGAGAACUAGGUCCACAAGGUCCAGCUGGAGCUAUGGGAGAGCCGGGGAUUGGUUUAACUGGACCCAAGGGAGACAGAGGGUCACCAGGGCCUGCUGGGACACCUGGACUGAAAGGUGAAGGUUACCCCGGCCCUCCAGGACUUCCAGGGCCUCUUGGUCUGACAGGAGAGACUGGAGCAGAUGGCGUCGGUUUACCUGGACCAAAGGGAGACAGGGGCUUGCCUGGACCUCCUGGACCUGCUGGGCCACCAGGAAUUGGCCUAAUUGGUUCUAAGGGCUCAGCUGGCCGAAUCGGACCACCUGGUCCACAGGGGUUACCCGGAGAGGGCAUCCAAGGACAAAAGGGCGAAUCAGGAUUUCAGGGGAUCCCCGGCCCCAGAGGUCCUCCUGGACAAGGUCUACAGGGGGACAAGGGCGAUCGAGGAUUCAGAGGUGAAAAAGGCAAAAAGGGAGACAGAGGAGAACCUGGAGAGUCAGGAGCCACUGGACCUUUGGGUAGGGUGGGACAAAAGGGAGACCCUGGACUUACAAGGGAAGAAAUCAUCAAAAUAGUGAGAUCCAUAUGCAGUUGUGGAGUGAUAUGCCGCCAAGCCCCCUUGGAGCUUGUUUUUGUGAUUGACAGCUCCGAGAGUGUCGGCCCAGACAACUUCAACGUGAUCAAAGAAUUUGUAAACACCCUGAUCGACCGAGCCUCGGUCAGCAAGGACACCACGCGGGUUGGUGUGGUCCUUUACAGCCACAUCAACAUGGUGGUGGCCAGCCUCACACAGGAAGCCACUCACGAUGAGAUCAAGUCUAAGGUGCGCUCCAUGGCCUACCUGGGCGAGGGUACGUUCACAGGCAGCGCAAUCCAACAGGCCAAUCAGGUGUUCAAGGCGGCGCGGGCAGGUGUGAGGAAGGUGGCCAUCAUCAUCACGGACGGGCAGGCCGAUAAAAGAGACGUGGUCAGUCUGGAGAGCGCCGUGUCAGAAGCUCAAGGAAGUAACAUCGAGAUGUUUGUGAUCGGGGUGGUGAAUGAGAGCGACCCUCUGUAUGAGGAGUUCAAGAAGGAGCUCAAUCUCAUGGCCUCUGACCCCGACAGCGACCACAUGUACCUGAUUAAUGAAUUCAAAACACUUCCAGCUCUGGAGAAAAAACUGCUGAGUCGUAUCUGUGAGGACGGAGAAAGACGUUUGUUCAGCUCCAUCCCGAGCUCCAGACUGCCUCCGGGAGUCCCUGAGGACUCCAGUAACGUUCGAGAACCCCCGUACAGGACAGAUACAGACACACCCACCUUCACAGGAGACUUCAGGAGAGUUCAGAUGGUGCCCGGCCCUCCGGCGUCACAGCCCGACAGAGAACCCAUCACUCCACAGAGACCCAAGAUGGACGACAGAACCUCCUUAGAAAAUCAGAGAUUUCCACUCUUUGACAGGGAGCCCUUCAGACCCGUAACAGAGUUCCUCCCACAGGUAGAAUUAACGGACCCGACGAACGGUAUCGUGAUGACGGGAGCCAUCGGGCCGGUGGGUCCCACUCUGAAGGCCCUGCCUGAGGAGAAGGCACCGUUGGCCCUGACUCCUCCACUGCUGCCUUCUGACACCUACGUAUCAGCGGAGCACUGCGGCCACCCUCUGGAUCCAGGACCUUGCCGGGACUAUGUGGUGAAGUGGUACUACGAUGCCACAGCUAAUUCCUGCGCUCAGUUCUGGUUCGGAGGCUGCCUAGGAAACAGCAACCAGUUUGAGACUGAGAAGAGCUGCAGAGAAACCUGCAUCAAGGUCUAACAUGUACAGGCCUGUAGUCACGAAUAUACACGUUGGUAAAUGGUCAUAAAACAUUUUUCUGUGACUUCACAUGUGACUUAAGUUCACUUCAACUUCAGAGCCUUAGUAUUUUACUUGUAGCUACUUUGACUUAAACAGCAAAUGUUAUAAAAGAGGCAUCAUUACACCAAAUUAGCCUAAAGUGAAGUUUGUUUUUAAUUGUUCAGUAGGCUAAGUACUAUUAAAAGAGUUUUUUUUUCCUGUUAGCCAAAGGGACUUGUGUAUUAAUUGUGUGAACCAAGCCACGCUAAUGCAGAGAAAAAUCUGUCUGUGAUGUUACUUACACUGUUGAACAGUUCUGCUAAAAAUAAAACAAACUUUGUAACCACUAACCUUUCUAUUCAGAAAAAGUAACCCUUUUGUAUGAUGCAAUGUAUUUUUCUACUUAAUGUAUUAUGUUUUUUAAUUCUGUGAAAUGUCAUUAAAGAAAAAAACUAAACAAAUAAACUUAUAAUUUCA